AUUCAACAAGCGCUACACCUGCCCCGGCCCAUUUCUUGGUGAAAUACCUGGUUGAUUCUCUGGGAUUUUCCAAACAAGAAGCAACCUCUACAUCUUCCAAGUUGUUCCAGACUUCCUAUGGCUAAUAGUUUACAUAGCGCCAACUGUCAUUUAAUCAACUCCACAUCCUUGGUUGAGCACCGUGGAAUUACUUGUUCUGUACUACACUUUGGCUAACAGUUUGGUGCCUAGGUGAGCUGCGGAGAAAAAUGAAAGGGAAUAGCAAUAUUGACUUCACUGCUUGUGUGGGAAUACUUGAAACUCUAAAGCUUCAACUUGAAGUUAAGGGGGUAGUUGAGUCUAUAGUGGAGCAUUUCAGCACUUUCAGUAUGAAAUCCAACAGACAACUAAUUACAAUUGACCUAAGUAUUGUGAUACUGGAGAAUAAGGGUUGCCAAGGAAAUUGUGCUUCUAGAUCAAAGAGUUGCUAUGGUCCACAAGAUACAGCUAUGUACUUCAGAUAUAUUAGUUUCACCAAGGAUACAUCUGCAUUGAUUAUGUUGAAAGCUAUGAGGGAUAGUGAACAGUCUGCAUAUGAUAGUGCAAAGUCGUUGUGGCCUUCGUUGAGCAAAAUCGUCAUACCUAGCCUUGAAAUCUCUGAAGCCUUACCAUUUGUUGCUUUGCUGGAGGUGCUAGCGGCACAACUUGCCCUUGUUGUGGAGGGAGUUCUUGUUUUCCUUUCUACUUGUGAUAGAGAUGAGCUCGCCACUGCAACAUACAUACCAAGGUUUGUGCUAGUCAUUGAUGCCGCUUCAGUGAACAUCAUUACCAGCACUAUUGUUGCUAGCACAUAUGGGACUGCUAGUUUCAUCUAUAUAUGCAAGUCAAGUUGCCAACUAGUGGCCUUUACACCUGUGGAUGUUUAUAUAGCUACAAUUAGUUUACUACUGUUUUUUAUUGAAUGAUUUCUUGACUCGAACCUUGAGGACAAGGUUCUUAUUGAGGACGGGGGUAUUGUUAUGAAUCAGCCCCAACCCAGUAAGGAUAACAACAAGGAUGUUACAAAAAUAGCUAUUGGGCUGAGAAGAACUAUUGGGCCGAGAACAAGUAAUUGAACUAGGUUAAUAUGGGAUCCGAGUUGAGUAGUGGCCUAAAAACCGAUUAAAAUGGUAUAAUUAGUGAUAUUGGGGGUAUGCGUAUUGUUAAGAAAAGUGUCUGCACUCCUCGUCUCCCUUUCUCCGUGUCUAAGUUCUCACCCCUUUCUUAUCUCUAUCGCUACUUAUGUGUUCCGGUAUUUUUCAUUGUAAUUCAGUAAUUUGAGUGUUGAAUAACAAUUCGAAUUUGUAAUUGAGUUCUAGCUCAUAUUGAUAUAGUAAGGAGUUUGCCUAUU